AUGCCAGCAAUUGGUAUCGACUUAGGAACAACAUACUCGUGCGUCGGCGUGUGGCAGCACGGCAACGUGGAGAUCAUCGCCAACGACCAGGGCAACAGGACGACGCCUUCGUAUGUGGCAUUCACGGACACCGAGAGGCUGAUCGGAGAUGCAGCCAAGAACCAGGUGGCCCUCAACCCCAGCAACACGGUCUUCGACGCGAAGAGGCUUAUCGGACGCAAGUUCGACGAUCCCAAGAUCCAAGCGGACAUGAAGCACUGGCCCUUCAAAGUGGUUAACGACUGCGGCAAGCCCAAGAUUCAGGUCGAGUUUAAGGGCGAACAGAAGAGGUUUGCUCCCGAGGAGAUCAGCAGCAUGGUGCUGACGAAGAUGAAGGAGACUGCGGAGGCAUAUCUGGGAAACACAGUGCGUGACGCCGUGAUCACCGUGCCAGCGUACUUCAACGACUCUCAGAGGCAGGCCACGAAGGACGCAGGUGCCAUCGCAGGGCUGAACGUGCUUCGCAUCAUCAACGAGCCCACGGCGGCCGCGCUGGCGUAUGGUCUGGACAAGAACCUCAAGGGCGAGCGCAACGUGCUGAUCUUCGACCUCGGCGGCGGCACCUUCGACGUGUCGAUCCUGACCAUCGACGAGGGCUCCCUGUUCGAGGUGAAAGCGACUGCCGGCGACACGCACCUGGGAGGCGAGGACUUCGACAACCGACUGGUGAACCACCUCGCGGACGAGUUCCAGCGCAAGUACAAGAAGGACCUGCGCUCGAACCCGCGCGCCUUGCGACGCCUCCGCACCGCCGCCGAGCGCGCCAAGCGCACGCUCUCCUCCAGCACCGAGGCCACCCUGGAGAUCGACGCUCUCUACGAGGGCAUCGACUUCUACACGCGCGUCUCCCGCGCCCGCUUCGAGGAGCUCAACUCGGACCUGUUCCGCGGCACCCUGGAGCCAGUGGAGAAGGCGCUCAAGGACGCCAAGAUGGACAAGAGCCAGAUCCACGACGUGGUGCUGGUGGGCGGCUCCACGCGCAUCCCCAAGGUGCAGAGCCUGCUGCAGAACUUCUUCUGCGGCAAGAAGCUGAACCUGUCUAUCAACCCCGACGAGGCGGUGGCGUACGGCGCCGCCGUGCAAGCUGCCAUCCUAAGCGGAGAAUCUGACUCCAAGAUCCAAGACGUACUGUUGGUGGACGUGGCGCCGCUGUCUCUCGGCAUCGAGACGGCUGGCGGAGUCAUGACCAAGAUCAUCGAACGCAACUCCAAGAUCCCGUGCAAGCAGUCGCAGACAUUCACCACUUACUCUGACAACCAACCAGCGGUCACUAUUCAGGUGUACGAGGGCGAGCGCGCGCAAUAUGACCAAGGACAACAACCUUCUGGGCACGUU